AAAUACACAAGUCUGCAGAUACUCAACAUGAAGAGACGCAAGCGACAGUCGCUAGAUUGACAAGAGUGGAAAAGUUGAGAAGUGGUACAUUACUGAGAAUGAUUGGACGCCUGCUUUGGACUCAGUGGAUGGACACAAAAACAACGUUGCUCGCUCUCCUGCUGCUCCUGUUCACCAAUCAAGCAUCUUCCAUCAGUCCACGCCAGUGUUCGGAUUCCAUCCAACGAAUUUGGAGAGUGACCCGACUUACGUUGAAGGAAUCUACGGAGCUCAUCAAAAAUUACAAAGCCGCCCAGGGAGCCUUGUCAGAUGUCUUCUGCAAGGCGACCCUCCAGGACAUCCCCGACCCCACCAUUUCUGGCCUGGAGGUUUCCGAGCGGCUGGAGAGCAUCUGGGAUCACAUCCUCGCCUUCCGUCCUCACUUGAGGCGGGUCUACGAGCAGCAGGAGGACCUACAGGAGCCUGGUAGUCCAGUUCUGGUUCAGCUGGUGGAUGUCGACCGACGCAGUCAGGACUUGGGGGCCCUAGUGCUGGCCUUCUAUCGGGAGGUCUUCCCAAACCUGCAAGAGCUGGCCGAGGGGCCCGCAGUCGUGGAUCCACCCGCACAGAAUGUUUUCCAGCAGAAGGUCUACGGUUGCGUGGUUCUCAAGACCUACAAGGCGUUCCUGACCAAUACCGCCCGGGAACUCAAGGUCCUCAAAGGGAACGUGUGCACAGUCAGGAGGAGGUUCAACUCCUUGGGAUAACAAGGAAUAUUUGAGAAGAACUGCUUGAUAAGGCUUAUUUAUGAUAUUUAUAUUUAAUAUUUAUUAUGAAAAUGUCUAAUAUGUUGUAACAACAAUGUAGAAUAAUAAUAUACAAGCUCUUUUGCUGUGCGAAAGAAAUAUAUUUUUUUCAACUUAAAAUUGACUAUUUUGGUGAAACCAACCCUUGUUCCCAUGCAGAAUACUAAAGAACAGAUUAAGAGGGAAAUAA